UGUCAGAUCAGGUGAUCAUAGAUUUAAAAUUUUGAACUUUUAUUUGUGACUACAAUAGAAAUUUAUAUUUAACUCGACACUUUUAGUAGAUUCCAACUAAAUUCAGAUUGAAAUUAUAAAGGAUAUUAUAGAGAAAAUGCCGGCAAGUAAUAUUAACGUACGCCAGCAACUCAAUUUGGUUAUGAAAAGGUUCAAAUUUGAAGAAUUAGAGUCAGCUGUAGUACCAAGUUUUCCAGAGAUAUCAUGGAAUCAGAUUCGUGCAAAGUUAAUUAAACUUCACGAUAAGUUCACAGUCAGUGAUGCUGUACGGGUCAUUGAGCAGACAAUCGAGGAAGCAAAAAUAGGAAACCAAGAAUUAAAAAAUCGGUUAUCAAUGUUGGAAGUAAUUGACGUAAGCCGACAUUAUAAAAAAAAGACAUGGUACACAUACAAAUUGAAAGACCCAGUUAAUGCACAGAAUUUUCCUACAAAUUGCGAAUUUCGUGAUACAAUUAUGCAACGGUUUUAUACUAGUCAGAUGGAUAUGGAUGUCCAAGUUGUAGCUCAUGGUGGAGUGAUAUACAUCUCUAUAAAGGAGAAGACACGGAGCAAACAAGCUCGACGUAUUUUACCAACUUUCUUUGCACUGUUUCGUGGACAGCAGUACUUCUUUUGUUCAAGAAAACGUAUUACAAAGGCAUAUGUAAUGGUGUUAACAGACAGUAUAGGUUACAAAAGUAGCAAAAGAAUUAAUUUAAUGGGAAGGGACCUUAAAUCGCUCAUAAAAAUAUUAAGGGCAAAGAAACAAGGUAUCACGGAUGGUGAAUGCACACUUCAGCCACCGACUUUCUCAAAAACUGGACCAAUAUCGAAGCAUACUGGUAUAGAUUUCACCCAACAUAAACAAAGGAAAGAAUACAUAGAAAAAUGUUUUGGUAAGGAUGCACCAACAAUUGAACUGCUUGUUAUGAAUGCUCCAGAUCAGCAUAUUCUGCAUAACAAAGUACCAAAUAAUAUGGAAAAUGAGAAAGUACAUACCAGGUGGGAAUUUCGCAGCCGCGACAUCAUUGCACAAAUAAAGAAAUUAGCACAGGAUAAAGUUCUUCAGACUCCACUACCUUACUAUGUUUCUAGUUUAAUGUCUGCUGGAAAAAAUGAAUUAACACUGCGAGAUUCAUAAUAUUCAAAUAGUAUUUUUUGUCCGAAUUCGUAUGUACGUAGAAAUCAAAUUUUUUAUCUAUGCUACGAAUAUAGUUCAUAUAUUAAGUUUUAAACACAAACUGGAAUACUCAGAUCAUUACGGGUUUUAACUGUUGUUAUCAUUAUAGAGAUUGGUAGAAGUGUUUGUAUUGAACUUUUGAAUUUCCUGGCCGUAAUGUUGUUUAAAUUCUAUAAGUUUAUGACUAUGGAUCGUACUUUACUAAUAUUUUAAAAUGAUCUUGACAAUGCGUGCGAAGCAAAUAUAUUUAAGUUUGAACUACAUGUUUAAUACAAGACUUGUAUUUUAUGAUAGAAAAUACGUGAAAUUGAGAAAAUUUGUUAACAUAUUUGUUAGAAAUCGAUUAUAUUUGGUCCCACGAAAAUCGGAUGUAGGUAUUAAACAUUUAGCUCAUAAAUAAAAAUAUGUACAUGAAGAUAA